UGUCGUAUGCUAUGGGAGAGUGCUCUAAGCGGUUGAUUAUCAAUUCAACAGUUGAGGGAAGGCGAGAUGCAGCAUUCUCCUUUGACCACAGGUCUGCUAGGAUAGCAGGCAAACGGUUGACCUUCACAGCGACUACGUUACUGGGUAUACGUCCUGAACUACUAUCACAACCCAGUGACGAUGAGCAUUGGGUACAG